GCUGUUCUUGCGUCUGCUGCGGCUGGCAGCACAUCUGCACCCAGACUUGGCUCUCGUCAACACUUCUCACGACCGCACCAGUCGGCCCGGCAUCCGCCCUCUGCGGCCCGUGCGCAUCUUCCCAUCCUCCUGGCCAACAAGCAGCGCUGCGAUGCGGCUCACGGCGCCGCUGCAGGCCGCAGCGCUGCUGCUGAGCGGCUCGCUGGCAGCUGCAGCAAGCUCGAGCUCGUCGCCACCCGUCUCCGUCAGCCUCGUCUCGCCCUGGGCCGCGCCGCCGCUGGUGCUCGAGCUGCUCGAGGCCGCGCACACGCAGGACCCCGACGGCUUCUGGACGCUCCUCACGCACCUCACCGGGCCAUGGGCAUUCAACGACAGCCGCGGCAGCACCGCCACUGCGCCACGCAGCGCACAGGCGUACCACACGGCAGCCACGCGCCUGCUGGACCAGCACGGCCUGCUGGGCGCGCCGGGCGAGCGCGAGAUGUGGAACCUGGCGCUGGCACUGCACACCGAGGCGCCCAAGAUCGCCGCCUUCUGGCAGCUGUACGAGCACAGCGGGCCCGCCAGGCAGUGGGCCACCGCGGCGGUGGGGCGCGAGGCGCAGUGCGCCAGCUGGGUCGCGUGGGGCGACGAGGUGCUCUGCACGGAGCAGGAGCUCGUCAGGGCGCUCACGGCAGGCGUGGCUCCAAGCUCGCCGCACACCGUCGCGUUCGACCACAUCUUCUCGCACCCUGACGCAGCCGAGAGCUCGACCUUGGACGAGCAGCCAACGGCUGUCCUCUACGCCGACGUGACCUCGGCCAACUUCUGGUCACUGCACACGACGCUGCUGGAGCAUGUGCUGGGCUCGCGCGUCGUGGCUGAGGGCGGCGCCGACGUGCCGCCGCUGCGCUACGUGCUGCGCUGGCGUCCGAGCGCGCAGGGCACUGAGGGCCCCAAAGCCACGAUGGCCGGCUACGGCGCCACGCUGGACCUCAAGAAGGUCGACUACCUCGUCAUCGACGACCGCAAGCUGCAGGAGGACAGCAGUGCGGUGCGAGAUGUGCGAGAGGACGGUGCUGUAUCGUCUGACGAUCAGCUGAGCGACCGCGCUUGGCUCGAUGCGCAGAUCGGGGCGCAGCCGGAGGACGCCGAGCAGGCUCUAAGCAGCCUGACGAAGGAAGAACUCGCGGACCUCGACGUUCUUGCGACGCAGGUCAUCGCGACGUCGUCCGAUCCUCUGCGUGCGCUCGAGCAGCUGGUCAAGGACUUCCCGCUGCACGCUGUGGCGCUUGCGCGACGGGCGCCCAAGCCUGACGCGGCGCUGCUCUCCGAGCUGGCCGAGCUUCAGUCGCAGACGAUGGACCCCGGCUCGAGCGACAUUUGGCUCAAUGGCAAGGCACUGACGGAGAAGGAGAUCACGCCUCUUGGCAUCAUCCCGGCCCUGAGGGCGGAUCAUGCACACGUUGCCUCUUUGACAUCUCCUUUGCUCAACAUGUCGAACGAGGCUGCUCUCGAUCUGCUCUCGUACGCGCCCAUUGGCGUGGCGCAGGACCUGACCGCCGCUGGCUCGCUGCUCUUUGACGCAAGCGACCGCAUUGAGCGUGCAGCGGCAGGCGCACAAGCCGGUGCACCCGGCGUUCUGUCAUGGUUCAACGACCUCGAGAAGGACUCGCACUACGAGUCGUGGUCGCCGAGCUUGCAGGCGCUCAUCCGCCCGCUGUGGCCCGGGGCAUUCCCGCACAUUGCGCGCAAUCUGUUCAACGUCGUGCUCGUGAUGGACCUUGGCCAGCCGGGGACAUGCCGCUUCCUGGCCGAGUCCGUCAUCCCGACGAUCCCGCGCAUUGGCCUGCGCUGGGGUCUCGUGCCUGGCGGACUGGAAGGCAAGGACGAGACGUCCCUGCAGCUCGCGCGCAUGUUCUGGUAUCUGUCGGAGAACUGGGGCGUCGAGGUGGUGGCCAAGUGGCUGCGACGGCUGGCGCGCUCGCGGAUCGAAGGAGGACGCAUCAGUCUGGACACCGCACGUGAGGAGCUGCAGGCUCAGCUUCACAACGCCGUCCCCGCCGAGGACUUCCCUGCUCUCUUUGAGGCGCUGAGCUCCGGCGAGUAUCCCGGCUUGGCGUCGCGCGAGCGCAUGACGCGCAGCUACGUGCGGCGCCUGCAUCUCGAGCUCGACGAGAGCAUGCGCGGCGGUCAUGUCAUGCUCAAUGGCGAGAGCAUCCCGCUCACCAACAAUCUCAUCAACGCCAUGCACGCCGCCGUCACGGCGCAGUCCCGCGUCCUUGCGCCGCUGGUGUACUACCGCAAGAUCGACAGCGAGAACACGCCGGACGUCUCGCACUUUUUCUACGACCUGCCCACGACGUUCAAGACGCGCUCGGCUCUCGUCUUUGCCGACACGGGCGCGGCACCUGCGGGCAACAAGCCGCGUGCCGUUGAUCUCGUCCGCCUAUCAGCCAAGGCGACAUUCAAGGCACCGCUGGAGACCUUCGUCUACCCUGAAGCAGGUGCUCGCGUGAAUGCAACGCUCUGGGUCGUCGGAGACCUCGACUCUGUCGCCGGCGCUCACCUCGUCUAUGAAGCCGCUAAGGGCUUAAGCAAGGCCUCGUAUCGACUGGGCCUCAUCCAUGUGCCGCAGACUCGUGGACAAGGUGGCCCUCUGUCUGCCUUCCUGGCUCAGCUACUGGCCUCCGGCCAAGCUGAUGCAGUCUCGGGUCCGCAGCUUGCAGAAGGCGUCAAGGCAGUCGCCGGCGCAAAGCUGCGCGCGAAAGCUGAUGAGCAGAGCCCCGAGCCCAGCACUGUGCCGCAUUGGCUCAGCGAGCGCGGCUGGGCAACGCCAGGUGCAGACUCUGCCAACGGCUUCUGGAGCGAAGCGCCAGCCCUCGCACGGGCGCUGGGCGUCAAGAGCGGACAGAUUGGCCUGGUCGUUAACGGCAGGGUGCUCACUGACUUCGAUCCGAACGCCACGUUUGCCGAGGACAUCACUACGCUCGUCGCCUUUGAGUCCGUCCGCAGGAUCAACGCUGUCGUCGAAGGCCUCGAGGAAGCUGGCGUCGAGGUGGCCAAGAUGGAGCCAGCUGCACACGCCACCACUGUAAUGCUUGCCACGUCGGUCAUGUCGCAUGCGUACUUCGUCGACGAGUCGGCCGAGGGCAUCUUCACGCCUCCGCAGACGGGCCGCAACAGCGUCAUCGACUCCGUCUUUGCCGCACGCGCCACGUUCGAGGUGGGCAAGCGCAGCACUGCCCGCACGCGCCUCUCCGUCGUACUUGACCCGCUCUCGGAGCGCACGCAGUCCUGGGCGCCCGUGCUGCGGAUGCUGGCCGAGCUGCCCGACACGCACAUCCGCGUGUUGCUCAACCCGCGCCCCAAGUUGCGGGAGCUGCCCUUGAAGCGCUUCUAUCGCUUUGCCGCGCCCGCACAGCCUGCUUUCGACUUGACUGGACAGCAGACUGGCGCCACGCUCGAGUUCCACGGCUUGCCCGAGGCAGCAGUGUUGACACUGGGCCUGGACACCCCGCCGUCGUGGCUCUGCAUGUCAGACGAGGCUGUGUACGAUCUAGACAACAUCCGGCUGGCCGACAUCCCAGCGCAUGCUCGCACAGCUGGCGUCCGUGCACAGUAUGCUCUGAAGCACAUCCUACUCGAGGCGCACGUGCGCGAUGCCGACCAAGCGGGGCAGUCUGGCAUCCCGCGCGGCCUUGAGCUCAUCUUGGAGUCACCCGACGGCGCCGUGGAGCUGGACACGAUUGUCAUGGCAAAUCUCGGCUACGCGCAGUUCCUGCCGCCCUCGCCGGGUCUCUACCGUCUGCGCAUCCGUGACGGCCGCAGCAAGGAGCUCUAUGAGAUGCGCAGCGUCGGCAAUCUCGGAUGGGAGAGCCCCAGCGUCGAGGUCACGGGCACCGACAUCACUCUGACCUCGCUGCACGGUCUCACGAUCUACCCGCAAGUCCGGCGGCGCGAGGGUCAGGAGAAUGAGAGCCUGAUCGAGGAUCUCGACCUGGGAGCUGUGCCCGAGCCGGAGGCAGAGAGGGGUGCCGCCGGCUACCUGCGCAUUGCCAAGAACUUCUUCGGCGGCCUCAAGCAGCAGGCCGAGCGCGUCAAGCCUGUCCGGCCGGCGAGCGACGGCGCCAACGCCGACAUCAACAUCUUCACAGUCGCCAGCGGGCACCUGUACGAGCGCAUGGCGAGCAUCAUGGUGCUCUCGGUGCUCAAGCACACGCAGAGCUCCGUCAAAUUCUGGUUCAUCGAGAACGAGCUCUCGCCCUCGUUCAAGGCCUUCCUGCCGCAUCUCGCGGCCGAGUACGGCUUCCGCUACGAGCUCAUCACGUACGCCUGGCCGCACUGGCUGCGCAGCCAGCGCGAGAAGCAGCGCCGCAUCUGGGGCUACAAGAUUCUGUUCCUCGACGUCCUCUUCCCGCUGGACCUCAAGAAGGUCAUCUUCGUCGAUGCCGACCAGAUCGUGCGCGUGGAUCUGCAGGAGCUCGUGGACACGAACCUGCAGGGCGCGCCGUACGGCUACCCGCCGAUGGGCGACGACAGGCCCGAGGUCGAGGGCUUCCGCUUCUGGAAACAGGGCUACUGGAAGACAUUCCUGCGCGGCAAGCCGUACCACAUCUCGGCGCUGUACGUCGUCGACCUGGCGCGCUUCCGGCGCGUGGCCGCCGGCGACCAGCUGCGCGGGCAGUACCAGCAGCUGAGCUCGGACCCCGGCUCGCUCGCCAAUCUCGACCAGGAUCUGCCGAACAACAUGCAGUUCCAGCUGCCGAUCCACACGCUCGACAAGAGCUGGCUCUGGUGCGAGACGUGGUGCAGCGACGCAUCGCUCGCAGCGGCGAAGACGAUCGACCUGUGCCAGAACCCGGCGGUAAAGAGCACCAAGCUGGAGCGCGCGCGCAAGAUUCCCGAGUGGACGGCGUACGACGACGAGGUUGCGCGUCUGGCGCAGCGUCUAGCCUCUCAGCAACUGCUUGCCGACAACAUUGCAGCGAGCAACGAGACGGUGGCGCUGCCAGUGCCAGAGUCGGAGCUGCAGCCAGAGCCGGAGCCGGCACUGGACGCCGAGCCAGCGCCUCGGCACGACGAGCUGUAGGCCUAUCUCCGCAAUUACAUAGAUCGACAAGGCAGAGAGCAACGUCAGACGGU